GCCGUUGCGGGGCGCGGCAGGAGCGGGGCCGGGGCGGGGCGCGGAGCGGCGGCGGCGGCGCGGCCAUGGGGAACCUCUUCGGGCGGAAGCGGCGGAGCCGCGUCACGGAGCAGGACAAGGCGGUGCUGCAACUGAAGCAGCAGCGGGACAAGCUGAAGCAGUACCAGAAGCGGAUAAACGUGAACCUGGAGCGGGAGCGAGCGCUGGCCCGGCAGCUGCUGAAGGACGGCAAGAAAGAGAAAGCCAUGCUCUUGCUGAAGAAGAAGCGGUACCAAGAGCAGCUUCUAGAUAGAACAGAAAACCAAAUCAGCAACUUGGAGCGGAUGGUCCAGGAUAUUGAAUUCACCCAGAUCGAAAUGAAGGUCAUCGAGGGCCUGAAGAUAGGCAACGAAUGUCUGCACAAGAUGCACCAGGUUAUGUCAAUAGAAGAAGUAGAAAGAAUAAUAGGUGAAACCCAGGAUGCUGUGGAGUACCAGAGGCAAAUAGAUGAGCUACUGGCUGGCAGCCUGACAGAGGAGGAUGAAGAUGCCAUUCUAGAAGAACUAAAUGCUAUUACUCAGGAGCAGAUGGAGCUUCCAGAAGUUCCUUCUGAGCCACUUCCAGAGAAGAUCCCAGAAGCAUCGCCCAUCAAGAACAGGCCAAAGCCAGAGCUGGUGGCAGCAUCCUAACUCCCGCUGCUGGGGCUUCCCCCACAUACCUUUCACUCGGGACAGUUUGCCAUCCCAGCGUGGGCUGGGCACAAGCAAUGCCUUGGCAGCACCCAGCUGUGCUGGGCAGAUGUGGAGCAGGAUUCCCCAUGCAGGGAGGGAACCCCAGCUCAUCAUUGCUCUUGUAUCAAGAUUAUUUUCUAGCGCUUUCUGUUUUGUAACUCAAACCCCGAAGUCACUCAGCUGCACCACCACGGGAUGGAACAGCAGCUCCUCAGCUUGGGAAGCCAACUGCUUCUCUAGGUGUGAUCUCAGUGAAGAACCUGCCUGUGCUCUGCCUGAAUCCCCAGGAGAUGCCACCCUUGGAGCGAUGGAGUGUUUGAAAUGGCUGGGCACCAACAAACGGCUGCCGUCGGGGCCCUCCAGACCACGCUGGUGUCUUCUCUGCCCUCACUCCUUCGCUUUCCUGCUUCUGACUCCGUUUGUGGAAGAGCUGCCGGUGUCCCCUGUGCUCGUGCAGAUCCCACUGGAGGGGGUGUAUGAGGCUCUGGAGGGGCACGGGCAGCCUGGAAGGAGGCAGCGAGCCUGAGCUCCCGCAGGCAGUGAUGCUUCAUGCCUCGGGUUGGAACCGGUUCUGUGUAAAACCA